AUGGGUUUGGCUGGGUUACUGGUGUCUCACCUUCAGUGCGCAAAUGACGCGGUUCUUUUAGGGAGACAAAUGUGGGCAAUUUGUGGAUUAUUGAGUAUAAACAAGACAGUGGAACGCUAUCAACGGAAAGUUAAGGACUUGCCUAUCAGCACCAAAGAAAUUCAAGAUAAUACACAGAACCUAAAGGAAUGUGAUAUCAUUACAACGAAUAAGUUGGAUCAACUAGAACACUGCAAAAGGAAGCUGUUGGUGGGAGAUGAAUUGGAUACAUGUGGUAUUGAAGAAUUACAACAGAUUGAAAAUCAACUCGAAUGCAGCUUAAGCAAAAUUAGGGCAAGAAAGGAAAUGUAUCUACUUCAAGAAAAUCGAUGCUUACACGAGAAGUGUGGAAUUGAAGAAGGUGGUUGUUUAAGUGAACAAGAUAUGGGACUAAAUACAAAAAGUGUGCAGGGUGGGGAGGUGGAAACCGAAUUGUUCAUAGGACGACCUGGGAAACAAAUGCACUGA